CGUUAUCCUUACGUUGAAUAUCUGAGCCCUUCGUUUUUCCCUCUAAUCCCUCUAUGAGCAGCGCUUGUAACAAUCCCCUUCUCUCUUCUUCCUUUCUUCAUCAACCUCUCAAAUCUUCAAGAUUCCCAAAUGUAUCCAUUUUAUUGCCCAAAAUUUCAAACCCCAUUUCCCCAAAUCGCUGCAUUCGGAUAUACUCAAGUAUUAAGGCAUCUAUGGAGUCCAGGAAUCCCACACAGAGAAGAAGCACAAGUCCAAGAAAAUUCAAACCCAGAUAUGGAACUUCAAGGAGAUCAACUCUGAAGAAAAGUCUCAGUCAAGAACAAGUCAAUUUUACUAAACCCAUUCCUGAUGACCCUGUCGUUGGGAUUAUUGGAGGUGGAAUGUCUGGCCUUACCUGUGCUCUUUACUUGGAGAAAAGAGGCAUUCGUUCAACCGUUUUCGACACGGGAAUUCAUGGGUUGGGAGGAAGAAUGGGAACAAGAAUGAUUGAUCAUCAGCCUUUGAUAUUUGACCAUGCAGCUCAGUUCUUCACGGUGACCAACCCCAAGUUUGCUGAGCUAGUUGAUGACUGGUUGAAGAGAGAUUUGGUUCGUGAAUGGCAGGGUACAAUUGGUGAGCUUGAAGUUGGUGGGAAUUUUGUUCCAUUUCCUUCUUCACCUCCCAAAUAUAUAGCGGUCAACGGGAUGCGCCCACUUGCGGAUUCAUUACUAUCUCAGACUUCUUUGGUCAAUGUGGUACGGCCUUGUUGGGUAAGUGCACUUGAACCAUUUAAUGGGACUUGGCACUUGAGUGAGAAGGGGAAGCCUUGUGGGCAGUUUGAUGCAAUUGUCAUUGCACAUAAUGGAAAAUGUGCAAAUAGAUUGCUUGCGGCAUCAGGCUUACCCCUCAUUGCAAGACAAAUGAAGAGACUUGAACUCAGUUCUAUAUGGGCUCUUCUUGCUGCAUUUGAGGAUCCUCUGCCUACUGCACUAAAUGCAGAGUCCCUUUCCUUUGAAGGGGCUUUUGUAAAAGGGGUUGAAUCUGUCUCAUGGAUGGCAAACAACACUAAGAAACUCUUAGCUUCAGAUAGUGGUCCACAAUGUUGGACAUUUUUCAGCACUGCAACCUUUGGAAAGCAGAAUAAAGUCCCUCAGGAAAGUAUUCCAAAUGCUACGGCAGAGAAAGUGAAGGAAGCCAUGCUUGAGGGUGUUGAGAAGGCUCUAGGACUAUCAAAAAGAUCACUCCAAAAGCCAUUUUAUACAAGAUUACAACUAUGGGGUGCAGCUCUUCCGACCAACACUCCUGGAAUUCCAUGCAUCUUUGAUCCUCGUGGAAGAGCUGGUAUAUGUGGUGAUUGGCUACUUGGAUCAAGCUUAGAAGCUGCAGCUUUAAGUGGCAUAGCUCUUGCUGAUCAAAUUGCAGAUUACUUCGAACAAGGUGGACCUUGCUCAGACGAGUUUGCUGUUGGUUUGCACGAUGAAUAUAAGCCGCUUGAAGGACAUGAAAUAGGGCAGUUCCCAGGACUGGAAUCUGUUGAUCAAACCACAAAUGUCCCAGCUUUGACACUUGCUACAUGAAUUGAUCCUGUGACAAAGUCUUCAAUGAUUAGUUGGUUAAAGCAAGUGAACAAAUUAAGACUCUCUAUCAGAACAGGCAGUUUGCAAUGCUGGUUAUUGACAAUACUUGAGCCUGAAUCAUUUUGCUAGCUCAUGAGAAGGUUCAGCUAAAUACCUGAUAAUCGAAACCUGAGUUGGAUUUCUCGAACCUGCAUCUUUCAGUUGAAGAGGAACGCACACAGAAGUCAGAAGUCGAGACCCAAUGUCAUUAGAAUCUCAGUUGGUGAGCAAGAUUAUUAAAACCUUGAACAACGAAUUCUACAAUUUCAGAAAGAAAAUUUUGUAGUUUGAAUAUGCAGUGUGUUGUAGGUGUACAUGAAUUAUCAGUAUAUAUAGAUGGUUUGGUAGGAUCCCAAAAAGAUGAUGAUUCGUAAGUAGGUAGUUCUUUCCACUUAAGGAAAUUAUUCUGUGGUUUGGGUAUAAAUAGACUGCCAUUGUUAUGAAGUUUGUCAAAAUAGUGUGGUAUCAAGCAAACAGAAGGUAUUAUUAAAAAAAAAAAAGACUUAGUAACUCAAGUGAUCAGUAUGUCUAAGGCUAUUUCUAAUCAUAAAAUUCAAAUUUUGUA